AUGGCAGUACACACAGGAGAGAAAAAUUAUCAAUGUGAAAUAUGUGACAAAGCAUUUGCACAAAAGCAUAAUCUAAAAACUCAUAUAGAAGUACAUUCAGGAGAGAGGAAAUAUAAAUGCGAAAUAUUUGACAAAGCUUUUGCUCAUAAAUGUACUCUUAAAUCUCAUAAAGAAGCACAUUCAGGACAGAAGAAACAGAAGAAACAUAAAUGCGACAUAUGUGACAAAGCGUUUGCUCAUAAAUGUACUCUAAAAUCUCAUAUAGAAGCACAUUCAGGGCAGAAAAAUUAUAUAUGUGGAAUAUGUGACAAAGCAUUUGCUCAAAUGAGUACUCUUAAAACUCAUAUGGUUGUGCACACGGGUAAGAAGAAAUUUAAUUGUGAAAUAUGUGACAAAGCAUUUGCUAAUAAAGUUACCUUAAAGACUCAUAUGGCAGUGCACACAGGAGAGAGGAAUUAA